AUGCAAUUUUCUGUUAUUCUCUUACUUUCCUUGGCGAUUCUUUGUAACUCUCAAACAGCAACCACGUCAAAAUCGGUCUGCAUAUACGACUUUGCUGCCGUAAACUAUGAAAGUGACCAAGUAGACAUAUUAGAAUCUGAAGAUUGUUAUCAUCAAGUACCUGAUUACAAAAAGGUUAUUGUUGCACACAACAGAGAAACACUCUGUUAUGUUAAUAGAAAGUAUCUUUACUUGAACAAGACAAACAGCCGUCUCAACAGAUGUGGUGAAUAUAUGGUAAUGGUUGGUCCUUCGCAGAGACCCAUUGUUUGCAUGGUAGCUGGCUUCAUGAAUUUGAAAGUCAACAACACGUUGAUGACCCCAGAAUUGACUGAAAGGUUUUUCGGGGUCACUUCAAAAACGAUCAGCCAACUCACUGGCGGUCUUGAAGGUUCAACAAAUUAUUUUACUCAAGUCACGUUUUCACCCAGUGAUAUAGACCAAGGCGUCAACCCAUCUCUCUUCGUGUUGAGCACUGAUAAUAACACAGCCAAGGUCCAAGUUGGCAACUCAAACCAAAUUAUUGAACAAGUGACUGUUGUAACCAAAGGAAAAGAAAAGAUAUAUGGACAAAACAUUGAUGGCACAUUCUCUUUCAAAAUUGAAGAUGGUAUUUCUGAAUUGCGACUCAUAUCAUUUGAUUACAACAAGCUGAUAAUAAAAAAUCCGAACCUGACCAUGCCAACAACAAUAGGGUUGGCUUCGCGGUUCAAAGCUGUCCGACCGAAAAACUGUAAAUUUGUCAUUGAUGAUAAAAUUUGGAAGGAAGGAGAGGUCAGCAAUUCAACAUUUAUGAGAUGGCAAGUUUGGCAAGUGAAUAGAAAUGGGGAAGGUGCAAUGUACGAUUUCACAAAUGAACAGAUGAAGUUGACGUCGAAUGAAAUCAUCGAUGGUAAGGGCUUUUUAUCAGUAGGUUUCUUCUAUCCCACUGAAAUGUUAAUAUCACAAGACUUCAAAGAGUUAGUUGUUGAGUUUGAAGUUGAGAACACAGAUAACUAUGAGUUCGCUAGGACUAUUCUUGUGAGGAACAGGGAAUAUGGUAAAAUCAACAUAGAAACAAUGGAAUACAUAGACACUAAUUUAACAACAAAGUUCUAUCUGACUGGUGACAAAAAGACAAUACAUCUAAGAGCCGCAUUUAAGAAUACUGACUACUCAUUCACCAAUCUCUUUGCUUUCAGUGGGUUCGUCCCUAUAGGGUCUUACAUCAUUUUGAGAAGUGCAUAUUUAACAAGAAGUGAUGCAAAUGAUAACCAAUACCAUUGCGACCACCUUUCAUGGGACUGUGACAAUAUGGAGUGCCGGAUAACAAACACAUCAGUUGUCGAUGGUACUAACCACUGGUCCGAAUUCUGCAAACCUAAUUGUGGGACAUGUCGUGACGGGUUCGUUUGCACAACUGGUGGAAGAUGCAUUUCAGAAAUCAAUGAAAACAUCAGAAGUGGCCAAUUGGCAACCGUCUGUCUGUUUGUUUGCCUAUUAUUGAUUUCAUUGUUUUAA